AUGGCGGAUGCUGCACGGUGGAAGGCCACAGUCUUCGUCGGAGGACUGUCGCAAACAGUGACGAGCAGCCACGUCCUCGACGCCUUCAUCCCCUUCGGCGAGAUUGUCGAUGUGCAACUACCAAAAUCGACGGCACGCGACUCGACCGACUCUCACCGUGGCUUCGCAUACGUCGAGUUUGAACAGAGCGCAGAUGCAGAAGAGGCAAUCGACAACAUGGACCAGUCCGAGUUCUUUGGCAGAAUUCUCAAGGUAUCGCAGGCAAAGGCACCCAAGAGUGCCGACGAGGGGCUGGGCAGCAAGAAGGCCAUCUGGGAACAGGAGGGCUGGUUAGCAGAACAUGCCGGCGACCAGACUGGCGGGCUGCCGGCGGGCCAAGACCGGCUGAUUGAAGACGCAGUGCCGGACCCCAUGCAAGGGCUCGAGGGACUUGAUGUAGCUGGGCCAAAGCCGGCGUAG